AUGGACGUAGAGGAGGCCCAAACCACCUCCAACACCAUAAGGUCCGAAAUCGCUAUACCCAAAGCGUCGGCUGCACCCGUUGCCGCUCCAAGGACCACGGUUAUGCAACCACCGCCAUCCACCGAAGCAAUCAGGGAGAUGAGGGAAGAGCAGCUAUUGGAGCCACAGGGGCCUCCAUGUUGCAGCCUGUGCCAUCGCCCACACGCCCUGAAACGAUGUACCAUUUUUAAGAGCAUGAAGCCCGCUCAACGAAAACAGGUUGCAAGAGCCCAUGGGCAUUGCAUGACCUGCCUGGCAGAUGACCACGCCACCAUAGAGUGCUGGGCCGACGGCGCCUGUCAAUAUUGCCAGAGGCCCCAUCACACUCUAUUUCAUCGUUUUCCCCGCCGAGCCAAUCCGUCGGAAAGUAGCACCAACACCCGUACCAGACCACGCAGCGAUGCUAUCCGGCGACGACAAAGCAGCCAAUCAACCACAACACGUACACGGCCAUCUCCGCCACGCCACGCUCAUCGUCAGCAACAACGACGCUCAACAGGGUUGAGCGCUGUACUAAACACACUGCAACAGCUGCAGAGGUUCCUAGCCGAUUAACUCGCCUAGGGGGGCCGGGAUGUUCACAUGAGCUAUGAACUGCUGGAACAUCUCACAUCGCAUCACCUCCCGUCACAUCACAUCACAUCACGUCACGUCACAACACCUCAUCACACAACAUUUCACAGCAUACACCAAUACACACACACGCAUCAAACACAGUACUUAACACCGAUCAUUACUACAACACUACAA